CGCGCGGCGGGGACUCGGGCGCUCCGGGCGGCCCGGGGACGCGGCGGCGGCGGCCCUGGGGCCGGGACAGUGGCGUCCGGGCCGCCUGCGCGGGACGGCGGGCCCGAGAGGAGCCGCGCGGCUGGCUGGGGGCCGGCCCGCGGGCGCGAGCGCUAUUUGUAAGGGCACCUGAUAAUCCCGUUACUAUGAGUCUGCUAAACUGUGAGAACAGCUGUGCGUCCAGCCAGUCUGAGGGGGACUGCUGUGCUGCCAUGGCCAGCGCCUGCAGCGCCGCAGCCAAGGAUGACAGCGUGAGCGGAGCACCCAGCGCCGGGAACCUCUCAAGCUCUUUCAUGGAAGAGAUCCAGGGCUAUGAUGUGGAGUUUGACCCGCCCCUGGAGAGCAAGUAUGAGUGCCCCAUCUGCUUGAUGGCACUACGCGAAGCAGUGCAGACACCCUGUGGCCAUAGGUUCUGCAAAGCCUGCAUCAUCAAGUCCAUCAGGGAUGCAGGUCACAAAUGUCCAGUUGACAAUGAAAUAUUACUGGAAAAUCAACUCUUUCCUGACAAUUUUGCAAAACGAGAGAUUCUUUCUUUGAUGGUGAAAUGUCCAAAUAAAGGUUGUUUGCUCAAGAUGGAACUGAGGAAUCUUGAGGAUCAUCAAGUGCUUUGUGAAUUUGCUCUUAUGAAUUGUCCCCAGUGCCAGCAACCCGUCCCCAAAUACCAGUACCACGUGCACAUUGUGAAGGAGUGCCCAAGAAGACAGGUUUCUUGUGAAAACUGUCUUGUGUCAAUGGCAUUUGAAGAUAAAGAGAUCCACGAUGAGAACUGUCCCUUAGCAAAUGUCAUGUGUGAAUACUGCAAUACCGUGCUCAUCAGAGAACAGAUGCCUAAUCACUAUGAUCUAGAUUGUCCUACAGCCCCAGUUCCAUGCACGUUCAGUACUUUUGGUUGCCCUGCAAAGAUGCAGAGGAAUCACUUGGCACGCCACCUUCAAGAGAACACCCAGUUGCACAUGAGGAUGCUAGCCCAGGCUGUUCAGAAUAUGAGCCUUGCCUUAGCUCCCGUACCCCAGCCUAACAUACAUCCCUAUGAUCCUUCCAGUUCAUCUCAGGUUUCCUCUGGGUGUCACCCAGAGGUCCAGAAUUUCCAAGAAACCAUUCAGCAGUUAGAGGGUCGCCUUGUAAGACAAGACCACCAAAUCCGAGAGCUGACUGCUAAAAUGGAAACUCAGAGCAUGCAUGUAAGUGAACUCAAACGAACUAUUCGUGCCCUCGAGGACAAAAUUACUGAGAUAGAAGCGCAGCAGUGCAAUGGGAUUUACAUCUGGAAGAUUGGUAACUUCGGGAUGCACUUGAAAUCUCAAGAAGAGGAGAAACCCGUUGUCAUUCACAGCCCAGGAUUCUACACAGGCAAACCCGGGUACAAACUUUGCAUGCGCCUGCAUCUUCAGUUACCAUCUGCUCAGCGUUGUGCAAACUAUAUCUCUCUCUUUGUCCACACAAUGCAAGGAGACUAUGACAGCCAUCUCCCUUGGCCCUUCCAAGGUACAAUACGUCUUACAAUUCUUGAUCAGUCUGAAGCACCUGUACGGCAAAAUCAUGAAGAAAUAAUGGAUGCCAAACCAGAGCUGCUUGCCUUCCAGAGACCCACAAUCCCCCGGAACCCAAAAGGUUUUGGCUACGUGACUUUCAUGCAUCUGGAAGCCUUAAGGCAAAGGACCUUUGUUAAGGAUGAUACUUUGUUAGUGCGCUGUGAGGUUGCUACUCGUUUUGACAUGGGUAGUCUUCGGAGGGAGGGCUUUCAGCCACGUAGUACUGAUGCAGGGGUAUAGCAUCCUCUCACCGUUAGUUUAAAAAGCAAACCAAAACAUCCAGCUGGAGAAGCUGGAAGAAGUGCCUUUCCUUGCCUUGUUCCCAAUAACAGCGUGCAACAAACAAAGCAAAUAGGUAGGAUGUCAUACCCACCAGCAAAUGUUGCCAGAGAGGUUGCUUAACUUUUCUGGAUAUAUAGAAGCAGGUUUUUCCUGGGAAUCUCCGUGUCACAUGGCUCUCACCAUUAUACCCCAAGUGCUAUGGAGUAAUGCAGCAGCUAUUCUAUCAGAUUCUCUUGUGCUUUUAUGGACUUUUUGGCUCCAGUGCAGUGUGUUUAAUUGCACAAAAGACUCUGGUUGGAGUGGUAAAGUGCAAACCUUUUAAUAAUAACAGACAUUCCUUAAGACUUCAGCUAAUUUUUAUGAGAUAUAUAUAUAUAUACAUAUAUAUAAUAUAUUAAACUUGAAAAUCACUACCGCCUUGUGCUGGUGCCAGCGAGGAAAGUUAUGCCUCUAAGUUCUCAUUUUAUUUGACCUCCUACAAAUGUCUGAGGAUUUGAGCCUUAAUCCUUAGAAAACUUAAGUUCUCAUUAUUACUUCACACCCUAUGUAUACACUCUCCCCUCUCCACCCAGGAGUGUUAACUAGGAUAUUCAGGGGCUAGUUUACACCCUAAAUAUCUUAUUUAGUGAUAACAUGUUGUCUGUUUGAGUAAUUCUUGUUUAAGUGUUUCAUUUGACCUUGUAAUAUAUUUCCUUGAUCCUACAAAGCAGCAUCUUCUCCAGAAUUAGAAAACUAAGAACCCUGUUGAUAGCAGCUGCUCAGUGUUAUGCUAUAAAUGCCCUUUUUUUCUGUUGAGUGCAGUGAAUUCCACAGCCCUGCAUGUGUUCUCGGCUGCUUCACAUUUGUAGGACAAGGAAAUGCACACACAGUCACCUACAUAACAAUUAAAAGUGACUCAACCAGUCAACCAAUGUGACAUCUUAUUGGCAGUGACAAAAGCUAUGAGUCAAAUUUUCAGCGCUUUGACUCACCCUCUCGGUGAAUUCAUUUAAGUGGAACAAAAUUAUUUCCAGCAGAAUUUCUUAACACCUAGGAGAUAACUGAGCAGUGGUUAAACUAAGACUAGAGGUCGUGGUGGCUAUAUUAGGAUGUGGCUUGGGUGGGUGCUGAGGGGAGUCCUGUGGCAUGUACUGAAGUGACCAAAUGCUCCUCCCAGGGAGAGGUGACUUUCAGGCAUUCUUUGUCAGUGGUCUGUCGAUUUUAAAUGUGAAAUCUAGUUUUCAGGGAGUUCCACAGCUCUCAAAGGUUCUUGUGAAGAAUCUAAGGGAAGCCGUUUCUCAAGAUUGUUGAACGUUGUCCGUCAUGAGAGUCUACCUUGGAGUCCCUGGUCUGGCAUUCUGGGCCAUCCUUCAUUUCCAGAGGAAGCAAGAAACCUAGUACGUGUAGAAGUGGGGCUUCCAUUCCAGGUAGACUCACCAGGUGUCCUUUGACCUUCCCCUUUGUCUCUGCCUUCCUUCCCCAGCCCAUGUUUAAGCUCCUGCUCUGGUGGAUUUUAUGUUAUACAUGAAAAUGAAGGUCCUGCAGAAACCCUGUGCCACCCUCAAACCACCUGUUCGUGAUUCCCAGUUUGCCUCCUGGCUCCAUGUCCCUCUGCCCCCAUGCUGCCCAGCCGUCUUAGGCGCCUCACCUCACAGGGAUCCUGGUACUGCUGCUGUUCUGUGAUGGUCUUUCAAUCAGUCAUUGUCAAGUUCCACUUACAAGUGAAUGGUGGUUAUUUUUGUAUUGCAUAGAAAAGAUCUGAGAGAAAUAUACUAUUUUUGAUGAC